GUCAGUAAUUGCUGGAGACAGGGAGAGCUGGGGGUUGGGCUGAGGUAGCCAUGUAUAAAUAGUGUGAUCUCAAAUUGAAAGGCAUAAAUAACAGCAGGAGUGAUCUAACCCUAUACAGCCCAUCUUCUACGUGCAAAAACAGCGUGCAGAGGACGGCCACAUCUCCGAUUGAAAACAAGUGGAUCUCUGUGGAUAAGAUCAUCGGGCAGCCAUGGAAGAACUUACGGCUUUUGUAUCCAAAUCUUUUGACCAGAAAAGCAAAGAGAGCAGCAGCGGCAGUGGCAGCAGCAACAAGAAGGAGACGAUCACGUACAGGGAAGUUUUGGAGAGUGGGUUGGCUCGCUCUAGGGAGCUUGGAAACUCUGACUCUAACCUACAGGACAUGACCGAGACCAGCAACCAUUGCCCGGUGCAUCUUUUCAAAGACCAUGUAGAGAGCGACAAGGACAAACUGAAGGAGUUCAGCACGGGCAGGACGGCGGAAGGUAUCUACGAGUGCAAAGAGAAGAGGGAAGAUGUGAAGUCAGAAGAUGAAGAUGGACAGACUAAGCUUAAACAAAGGAGAAGCAGAACCAAUUUCACACUAGAGCAGCUGAAUGAGCUGGAAAGACUUUUUGAUGAGACUCACUAUCCGGAUGCCUUCAUGAGGGAGGAACUAAGCCAGAGGCUGGGUCUCUCUGAAGCUAGGGUUCAGGUAUGGUUCCAGAACAGGAGAGCAAAGUGCCGAAAGCAGGAAAACCAGAUGCACAAAGGUGUGAUCCUGGGAACCGCCAGCCAUUUAGACGCCUGCAGAGUAGCCCCUUAUGUGAAUAUGGGAGCCCUGAGGAUGCCUUUCCAACAGGUCCAGGCGCAGCUGCAGCUGGAGGGCGUGGCCCACGCGCACCCGCACCUGCACCCGCACCUGGCGGCCCACGCGCCCUACCUGAUGUUCCCGCCGCCGCCCUUCGGGCUGCCCAUCGCCUCCCUGGCGGAGUCCGCCUCCGCCGCCGCCGUGGUGGCCGCUGCCGCCAAGAGCAACAGCAAGAACUCCAGCAUCGCCGACCUGCGGCUGAAGGCCCGGAAGCACGCCGAGGCCCUGGGGCUCUGACACGCUUCACCCGAGCUCCUCCUCAUACUCCUCCUCC